CAUCAUUGGCCAAUCCAUCAGGAGUGGGGGUGGAGCUGUUACAACUCCAACGCUUGAUCCUGGCCGCGGCGAGAUAACUGCGUCUUGGCCCUGAUACCGAUAGCGAUUGAUACUGAAGCCAACAAUACGCCCGGAACGUCUUCAGAUAGGUUGAUACAGCGUGGCAUGUUAAGGUGAGCUGGCCGCAAGUGUCAGGCCAGAGCAUGGAUAAGCGAUAGGCUCGGUCAACGUCCUACUAUCGCUAGCUAUCGCGCUCAACUCGAAACCCAGUCGGAGUCGUGCCGGUCACAGUCGUCAUCUCUCCAGGUUCCGGCAGGGAUCCAAAGAGUAUUUGAAUAAAUGCAACGGCACUCCCAGAACAUCCUCGAAUGACCAGUCACAUCUCCUCUACCCCUUCAGACACAACACCACAUUACUCGACGUCUUCACCAUGUCUAGCGAUAGUGAGAAGGGCCAGUCCACCAAGGGGCAAUUGACCCAGGUCAAGACCUCUAAUUCUAUUCAGCCCGGUGAGACGGUUGUUGUUGCUGAUGCCGCGGUCCGUGACUUCUACGGUGGCUCUGUCGAUGACAGCUACCGCUUGAAGUCUGAGCUGGUCUCCCAACAUCUUACCGAGAUCGGCAUGGGAAAGUUCCAAUGGAUCCUCUUCGUCGUCAACGGAUUCGGCUGGAUUGUCGACAACUUCUGGUCCCAGGGCAUCACCGCGGUCCGACCCCCCAUUGGCAACGAGUUCACCGACAUCAGCAAGCUCAGCUUCAGCUCUGUGGCGUACUACAUCGGUCUCAUCCUCGGUGCUUCAUUCUGGGGCACCACGGCUGAUCUCAUCGGCCGCAAGCCCGCCUUCAACGCGACCAUCCUCAUUGGCGGCAUCUUUGCCUGCGCCGUCGCGGGCACCCAGAACUUCGUCGCCUUCUGCGCCCUCUGGGCCGUUAUUGGUACCGCUGCUGGUGGAAACGUUCCCGUUGAUAGCAUCAUUUUCCUCGAGUUUGUGCCGAAGAGCCACCAGUGGCUGCUUGUCAGUCUUUCUGCUUGGUGGAACUUGGGACAGGUCAUCGUUUCUCUCUUGUCUUGGGUUUUCAUGGCCAACUUUGCCUGCUCCAGUGAAGAUGCGCCUUGUGCUUCGCGCGACAACAUGGGGUGGCGAUAUCUUAUGAUCACCCUUGGAGGGAUCGCCAUCGCAUUUGGCCUGAUCCGAAUUCUCGUAUUCAAGAUCCCCGAGUCCCCACGCUACCUCAUCUCCAAGGGCCGUGAUGCCGAGGCUGUCGAGGCUGUCAACUACAUUGCCCGAUACAACGGCAAGGAGGAGCUCCUCACUCUUGACAUGCUCCAGUCUAUUGACAGGCAAUGCAACGCCGCCGAGGGAACUACUGGCAAGGCUGUCGCCGAGGACAACAACCUUACUCAAUCAACGACUCGCCUGUCAAACAUGCAAAUCCUCAAGGAGAGCUUCAAGGACUACAACACGCACAGCUACAAGAAGCUAUUUGCCGGUCGAAAGAUGGCUCAGCACAGCUCGGUGACUUUCUUGAUCUGGCUCACCAUCGGAAUCGCCUAUCCUCUUUAUUUUGCCUUUAUUACGUCGUACCUGGAAACCAAGAAGAGUUACAGAGCCAAUACCGGAUUCGACUUCACCUACAUGAUCUACUGCAUCGUUUCAGCCGUCGGAGUCCUUGGACCCGUCGCCGCAGGCUUCUUGGUGGAGACGCGUUUCGGUCGCAGAUGGAUGAUGGCCAUCUCGGCUGUUCUGACGGGAGUUUUCCUGUUUGUUUAUACCGUAGCGGGAACACAGGCGGCAGACAUUGGAUUCCAGUGUGCCACUGGUAUCCUGGGCAACUUUGAAUACGCUGUCAUGUUCGGAUUCACCCCAGAGUCUUUCCCUGGACCAGUCCGCGGUACCGGAACCGGUGUCGCCGCCACACUUCUCCGUUUUGGAGGAUUGGUGGCUUCGUUGAUUUCGACCUACGCAGGAUAUACGACGGUGCCAAUCUACGCCAGCGCUGCGCUAUGGAUUUUGGCUGGUAUUUUCUGCUUAGGGCUUCCUUUUGAGACUCACGGCCAUGCCUCCCUUUAGAUGGCAGCACCGAUGUGUCGGCGCGGUGGGUUGG